AUGGGCUCAUUUGGCUAUAAUGCCAACUCGAUCGAAGGCGACGUCUACAUUCAAAGAUUGGCAUCGUACAUUAAGAAAAACGAAGAAGCACUAGCUAACGGCUUGCUUUGCUUCAGCAAGAACCCAAGCAAACAGCACCCCGUCGCCAUCAAGCCGCUCCGACUUACAUUCACCAUCCACCAUCUAUAUUUCUUGCUAGACAAGAUUGAACAGCUGAGCCUCGACGUUGACGUGGGGCCGUUGAACAUCAAGCUUGACAUCAACCCCAACCAUGAACCGACGUUUAUAUCGUUUAUGGCGAAUAACGCGCGGGCUUCAAAGCAUUUCGAUAGCGAUACCAGAAGUAUCACGUCGAUCAACUCCAUGAAAUCCAUGGUGUCGAGCGCUUCCGUCUAUUGGAGAUCGUUUGCCUUGAGCAAAGACCCCAACAUCAUCAAGAAGGACUUGAAGUAUUUAUAUUCGUCAUUCACCAAGAUCCCCUGUUUGAUCCUCACGCCAAAGACCAAAGUCAAUAGCAUCAUUGCAUACGAGGAGUAUCCCUGCGAUACCUCGGUUCCCAUUAAGAUUUUCAAAAAUUUGCAAGUUUUAGAAUUGGUAGAAUAUGAGCCAAAUGAGAUUUUUGGCUGGCAUGUCUUGAGUGACCAGCUACGCAUUUUGAUUAUUAGGAAGAGCAAGAUUAACGAUAUGGCGCAAGUGUUGUUUACAUUGGUUCUAGAGGACGAAAAUGGCCGCUCGAGCUUUAAUUCAACUCCUGGCCCAAAUAAACAAAAAGCAAUCACUACUACUACUACUACUAAUACGACGACAGCAAGUACCACCGCCAGCACCACCACCACCACAACAAUAAAUCAUGAACACAAUGGAGAUUUACCCAUGGGGCUUUCUGAAAGCAAUGACAUCUUCAAGAGAAAGAAAAGCAUCGCUACAAACUCAUCAACGGGAGCCGGCUCCAGUUGCGACACAAACAAAACCUAUAGCUCACUAGCCGACCAAAAAUGGUGUAUGCUCAAACAAUUGACCAUCUCGGAAACGUCCAUAUCACGGAUCCCGGCAUACAAUUUCAAACCAUUGGUCAACUUGGUGAAAUUGAACUUAUCGGGUAACUUGCUCGACGAGAUACCCGAGGGGCUCGACCAGUUGACUAACGUCAAGUACCUCAAUUUUGCAGACAAUUACAUCACAAGCUUGAAAAACUUGCCGUCAGACUUGAAGAAUCUCCUCACUUUGAACUUGAACAACAACAAGAUCACCAAUUUAGAAGGACUAGAAAACUUGGCAUCCCUAGAAAAGAUUGAUUUGAGAAGAAACCAACUCCCCGAUUUGCAAGCGCUCAAACCAGUAAUUACGCUAUUCAAGAACAAGCCCGGCAAAUUCAACAACAUCUAUUUAUCCAAUAACAAAUUGGGCAAAAAUUAUAGAAUCGAAAUGUUCAAUUUGUUCAACGGAGUACAGUACAAGAACAACGUUAAAAUCGACGACUCCAGACCGGGCUAUUUCGAAAAAGCCAGCCUCUUGGAUCAAGCAGCAGCAACGAAGCUCUUGCAAGUGUUUUACAAAUGCAGCCACAAGCGCGAAAAUUCAGAACUGACCUUGGCUAAUGACGAAGAAAUUGCUACUGCCGCGCCAACAUUGGUAACCAACAGUCCCAUCCCCGCCAUCAACGAAGAUGGAAUCGAAAUCGUUGCAUCUCUAAAAGAGCUCAAAGUUGAUCCUGUCCACGCCGAGCCCUGCCCCCUCCCACCAUCACGCCAACCUUCUCCUGCACUCAAUAAAAAGACCAAAAAAUAUGAAUUGUCGCGAUCCAUAUCCACCACAGCUCCAUUGGCACUAUUGACACAGCCGAGCUCGCCACUAUGCGCCAACUUUAACGUGGCCAAUAAACCAGACGCACCGUCUGCUUUGAAGCCGGUUGUCACCUUGAACUCCUCGACAAGCUCAAUAAGCCAACCGAGCGCCUUACAACGAUCGUCGACAAUCAUGGAUUUGGAAAACCAAAACCCGGCUCCAAACAUCGUCACCCCAGUGCAGGUCACUGCCCGAAUGAGCACCUAG